AUGCCCUCUUACUUUUAUCACCUCAGUCUGGAAAUUUUCUGUAACCACAAGUCUUCAAAAGCUUCAUCGUUAGCGCUCGAAUCCGCCUACGAAGCCCUUGAACCAUUCCAAACGCGACCCCGCCUCUCGAGCUUUACAUCAAGUGCAGCGAGCCACCCGCAGGACACUAGCGAGGAUACUCUCGCCCACCGACCCAGAUACAGCUUUGCUGGCAGCGCUUCUAUCCACAAAACAUCGGGGCGCCUGUCUUCCACCGCCACUUCCCCUCUUUUCGCGCAGCACACACCAUCCCUCAGAACAGACCUUCGCACUGGCCCGAUAUCAAUAGAGUGUAUUGAUAUGGUUGUGCCCGAAAUCAAGCGAUCUCAUAGGCGGCCUCCGUCGGGAGAGGCCAACCUCGUCACAGCAGGCAUCGGUACUGAGAUUCUUGGCGGCCUGCGCACCAAAGGCCGAUUCAUCCCCCUAGACCAGAAGGUCGGAGAAAGCGUCUACGGAAUUGUUCAUCUAUACCGCGAUACCCAGGAAACAUCUUACCUUGCCAGCAACAAUGACGAUUACCCGAACUACUUGAAGGGGUCUGCGGCGACGGCGAGGCAGCCUGGAGAUCAGCAACAGUCUUCGGCUGGUACUAAACAUGGCCAUCGCCGAGGUAAGAGCUCAGCAGAGCCGAAAGCGUUUCCGUUUCCCGCGACAGAUUCUACAUCACAAGAUCUCAAUACGACAGAUGAAUGCACAACGCUAUGUAUUCUAGCUGUGCCUUCUUACCUUUCGCCGUCAGAUUUCUUGGGGUUUGUGGGUGAGAAGAUGUUGGACGAUGUGAGUCAUUUUAGAAUGAUAAGGACGCCGCGUGCAAAUCGGUAUAUGGUUUUGAUGAAGUUUCGAGACGGGAAGAAGGCAGUCGAGUGGCAAAAGGAGUGCAAUGGGAAGGUUUUCAACAGCAUGGAACCUGAAACCUGCCAUGUAGUCUUUGUCAAGUCAGUCGAGAUUCAGGUGGUGGAAUCUGGGCCGCCGUCAAAUUUUUCUCCCACGGAAUCUGGCCCCCUCUCGCCUGGACAGGCGACUCUUUCCACCAAACCUCUUGCGCCACCGACACCGGCGCUGAUUGAACUUCCGACUUGUCCUGUUUGCCUGGAGCGAAUGGAUGAAACCACAGGACUUUUGACUAUUAUUUGUCAACACGUCUUUCAUUGCACUUGCCUUCAAAAAUGGAAAGGCAGCGGCUGCCCGGUGUGCAGAUAUACACAAGACGACUUCCGUAGAGGAGCAAAUGUCGGCGACUCCGAUGAAGAACCAGCCAAGUGCAGCGUGUGCCACUCCGAAGAGAAUCUCUGGGCAUGCCUCAUCUGUGGGCAGGUCGGCUGUGGCCGCUACGACGGAGCCCACGCGUUCGACCAUUGGAAAGAAACAACUCAUGUUUUCGCCAUAGAUUUGAACUCCCAACGCGUCUGGGACUAUGUCGGUGACGCCUACGUACAUCGUAUUAUUCAGAGCAAAACCGAUGGCAAAUUGGUGGAACUUCCCGCUGCCGAUGACAGUGCCCUUGACCCACCCGACUGGGCCGAUGCCGUUCCCCGGGAGAAGCUUGAGAACAUGAGUAUAGAAUACACACAUCUUUUAACCAGUCAACUCGAAAGCCAGCGGGCCUAUUUCGAAGAAAUCGUUGAGCGUGCGGCUGAUAAAGCCUCUCAAGCUACCGCGUCAGCCCUAGCAGCAGAGCAAGCGGCCAAAACAGCAAACAAACACCUCGAAGCCCUCAAUUCCAAAUACGACACGAUUUUGAACGAAACAAUCCCAGCUCUUGAGAAAGACCGCACCCGCCUCGAGAAACGAGCGGCAAAUUUUGAAUCUCUUGCCCGGCGCAUGGAGAAAGAUUACCGGGAAGAGAAGACUAUGAAUCAGUCUCUUAUGGAGCGUCUUGAGAUUUUAACAAAAGAGAAUGGGUCGUUGAAAGCCGAGAAGUUGGAUCUGGAAGAGCAGAAUCGUGAUUUGACCUUUUUUAUUAGUGGAUCACAGCGGUUGCAAGGCCAGGGUAACGAUAUAAUACAAGGAACCAUUAGUGUUCCUGAGCCAGAGAACAAGAAGAAAAAAAACAAGGGGAAGGGGAAGAAGUAG